GUUACUCUAUUUCUCUCUUCAAACCCUCUUUGUAAUGGCAUCUUUCCUACGAAAAUUUUCCACUACUGCUAGCGCAGCCGGGGCGAGGUCAAACUUCGACGUUGCCAUUAAAGGCCAACACGCUGGGCGUAUUGUUUUCAAGCUUUACGAUGACAUAGUACCUAAAACUGCGAAGAACUUUCGUGAACUUGCAACAGGUCAAAACGGCUUCGGUUACGCUGGCAGUUCUUUCCACCGCGUCAUUCCUUCGUUCAUGUUACAAGGCGGAGACUUCACAAACCACAACGGCACAGGAGGAAAGUCAAUAUAUGGGGCUAAAUUCCCUGAUGAAAACUUCAGCAUCAAGCAUACCCGACCUGGUCUUCUUUCCAUGGCCAACGCCGGACCCAACACUAAUGGUUCGCAGUUCUUCAUAACCACUGUUGUCACGAAUUGGUUAGACGGAAAGCACGUUGUCUUUGGAGAGGUUGUCGAAGGAAUGGAUGUUGUUAACAAAAUUGAAAGUGAAGGCUCGCCAAGUGGGACGCCACGCUCCAAAGUUACGAUUACGGAGUCUGGUAUUGUGUAAUUCCUCCUAUACCUUCUACGUGAACUUGGUGUGCAAAAAGUAGAUUUUUUUCGGGUUAUAUCCAAUUAAUACACCCUCAUCUCUGCAUGCGAUUAUAACACGAGUGCAAAAGAGACGACGGUUUUGGAAAUCUGUAAGAUAUCCCUGCUGCAGAAUGUUGGAUGCUG